GUUAUCAGAACAGAUCAUCACCGUAGAUCAGUAAACGAGCUGUUUUUUUGCAGGUAAUUGCGUGACUCAGUGUCGCGUAGUGAUAAAAAUGUCGUUGAAGAGCCUCUUAUGCUUAAUUACAAAGACAAAAAUAUCAUCAAAAUCUCAAUGAGAGGGGGUUACUGAAGUAAUGAUAGCAACGGAUAUAAAUAUUAAAUGAAAAAUCGAAAACAGCAGGAAUCUUCAGUGUGCCGCAAGAUGAAGAUCAUACUACUACUCCUGGCUUUUGCAGCCAUCACCCACUCACAGCCCAUUCAGUAUGACGUCGAUAAAAAUGAACUCAGUGAUUAUUCUCAGAACGAUAUCAACAGCGAGGAAAUCCUAGGCGUUUUUGAUUCGUCGUCAUGGGAUGCUGGAAAUUCAGGCUUAUCGACUUUAUCAGCAUUUGGACCACAUGGCAUGGGCAUACCUAGAAUCACCAGAGGCAUACUUCCUAUUUAA